ACGUAUGCCUUUAAUACCAGUCCGGUUGGUCUUGCUGAUCUCUGCAACAAGAUAUCCUUCUUAGAUCUCCAGUCUUUGUGAAUAGCAAAACGGAUAUGAUUUCGUGGGUGGGGAAAAGCAAAUAUAUCAAUAACUGUUGGCUUGAAAGAACUACGUUUUGGGUACGGAGAAGGGAGAGGGCUUUGUUCACCGCACACCGAAUGCCCUUCGCUCGGGCUGUCCCUAACACAGGCCCGUGGCUUGUCCGGAACGUACGGUGCAACGGCGAUCUUGAACGCGAUUUUGCAUGGCUAAAGCUUUGCAUGCAGACGUUGGUGGACUUGAAGACACAGAAUCCUGUACGUGUGUGUAAAUCUUGCGUCAUAUUCAACGUUACUUGCAGAAGUUGAACAGAGCCGAAGCUGGUUCCUACCAUGGGUCCUGGAGUACUGCUGAAACUCUGCUGUCUGGUGAUGCUUCUGACAGCAGAGUUACCGACCCAGGUCACAGCCAACACGUUCUGUACAGUUGACCAAGCCAACGCCUGGAGGACAUUACAGCUUGCUAUGAUUAACAUAAAUUCCAUGUUAGGAAUAGUAACUGACCCAGAUGGGGAGAGGGCAAGAAUCAACGCAGAGGCGGAUGCCGCCGUGGCAGCUCUGGAAGCCGAGGCAGCCUUCUCCCAACAACCCAAUGUCUGUACCGGCGAGACAUCGUGUCCGUGCUCAGAGUCGUACUCAGAGCGCUACGAAACCAACUGCGGGAUAUUUGGAACUGGAUGGUCUUCCUGCACUGCGUACCGAACAUCGUACAGGGAAACUACCUGCCCUAAAACAACGUACUUCUGCUGUAGUGGCUACGAGUACUCAAAUGGCGAAUGUGUUCGAAUCUGCACUGACCCGCUGUGUAACUCUCACCUGUGUCGGAAUGACCAAUGCCCUGUCUGCGUUUACGACUAUGGAACUUACGAUGGAAAACCGGCCAGGGCUUACGACGUGUCUGGAAUGAACUGCCAAAAACGCUGCUCCUGGAGAUCUGACAGUAACUUGUGUUUCCCUGGGAUGUGUGGAUUGGUCGGGAGCUGCCAGUGCACUUCUGGUUUCUCUGGCUCUUCAUGCACGACCAUUGGACAGCAACCAGAGUUUAUGCACUGGCUGGGGCUGCUACACGAUGACUCUGGUGGAGUGGCUGAUCUAGACCAGAACAAUAUGGACGUCUGGACCAACAAGGUUCCAACCAGAGUGCAGUUUCAGUGGGCCACAUCCUACACUCGGCCCAACCCCGCCUUCCAUUCCUACAUCAGGUCAUUCUUUGUUGGGCCCAUUGAGAGUACUGUGACUUGGCUGCACAAGAGAAACUCAGCGGUUUUUACCAGCGGUUCAGUGCCCUGUGAUGUCGCUCUCAGCAAGGCCAGCCCUCCACUGGACUCUGCCCUAACAUGUGACAACGACCAAACAUGGUCCUCCACUGUGGUCCAUGGUGACGAGAUUGAAGUUGAAUUCAGGGCCAAAGUAGGUGGUGGGUUCACCUACUAUGACUUUGACACCAGGCAGACCCACACCCGGUGGUUCACUGAUGGACCAUAUGCAAGGGUAGCCACUGGAGCAAAGUGGAAAUAUGACUCCACCACACCACUUCACUCUGGGACUUUCCAGGCAAUGUUAGAUGUUGGAGACCCCUUCACAAAACAGAGUCCCACAGCGAGGUGGAGUGGAUGGGGUGAUACUGGGUCUGGUAUACAGAACUAUCACGUGGAGGUUUACCGCAUGGACCACACUCAAGGGGAUACACUAAGGGAAAGUUUCACUGCCAUGUAUGAAGCGAGCCUGGAACCUUCCGUAAGUGAGUACGCUAUCGACAUGUCGGGUCAGGACCCUGGCGUGUUCUCAGCGGUUCUCAUCGUUGAAGACGCCUCCGGUGGGAACGAAGUUGGAAACCUGAAGCGGGCCCGUAGAUUCUUCAUCUUUGAUGACACCUCAGACAUCACUGUUGAUGAAGAGACUGACUUGGCAGAAGUAGGAGAUAUGUGGCUUUCAUCUGCUUUGGAGGCAACAGACUAUGUGUGGCAGGACAAUCUUGAAGAGGAAGUUUUCCUUCAAUACCGAGAGCACUUCAUCCAGCAUACCCACCACAAUGGCAAGUUCCUGAACGCUAUCCGUGAGUUUCCACAGCUGGACGAAUCAUACGAUGAUGUGGACACUACUGAAAGGUCUCGUCAGCCUAUUGUCAAUGAGCUGGGUAUUGUGAAGUUUGAGUCUUCAGUCCAUGUGGACCAUGCUGGAGGAACCACCAAAGAGCCUGGGACUUGGACAGAUGUGGACGAUCUACAUGCAGGAACACAGACGUUUACAGUUCCUAGGGAGGACGGUGACACUGUGACAGUCUACAUCAGAGCAACUGACAUCGUUGGAAACCAGCAGACCGACGAUGUAACCAUCCACAUCGACAGCUCUCCUCCAAUCAUCGAAGACUUCUGGCUGGAGAAGAACGGCUUGGAGGGCAUAACUGUCCACAAUGCCAGAGAACUUUAUGACUGCCUGGUGAAGUUCACAACAUACGACAUCCACAGCGGCCUGUACACAAUUUCCUGGCGGCUGGUGGACAUGGUGGAUGAGUCCAUUGUCCAUGGACAGGGCGACUUGGCUGUCCAGGUUGAGGAGGAAGCGUCCUGUGGAGCAGACAACUGUCAAUGUACCCCCAUGACACCCUGCUACAUCACCAAGUAUGAGAUAGUGCCAGACGCAUCCAAGAUGGACAUCCCACUCGGGGAGCACGACAGCGACUACUACUUCUACGUCACCGUCACAAACCGUGCUCGACUGGUCACCACCGAACGGCUACAGAUAACCAUUGACAUCAGCCCUCCAGAACCAGGCCACGUCACCGACAACUAUGCUGGCCAAACUGAUAUGGACUUCCAGAGUGAUCCCAACAUGCACUUCAGCUGGGAAGGUUUCUUCGACCACGAAAGCGGCGUCAGGAGCUACCAAGUGUUCUUUGAUACUCGAUGUGGGACAGCGAGCGACUUUGGCUUGCCGGUACCUGACACGGCAACAGAAAAGACGACCACCGAGCUACAACACAGCUUCACAGCUUCCUCCCCCGGCACGUACCACUGCACCGUGGUCGCCUUCAACCGUGCCCUGUCUGCCUCCGAACCGGUGUGUUCUGACGGAAUCCUGUACGACACGUCUCCGCCGUCCAUAACCAACAUCGUCAUAGAGAACGUCCGUGCAAGGACGGGAGCUUUCAAGGACAGUGGAGGCAAUGUUUGGAUGAUGGACAGCCAACUGAGGAAAGUUGCUGUUGACAGCCCAUCUUCUUCUUGCAGGUCCUCAGCCUUGCAGGUCACUGACCCCAACAUAUUCCCUGACCGCCCGGUUGUCGAUGUGAACGCUGACCAAUACGAUGAUCCAGAAACAGUCAGGCUGGCAACAUCAGCGGCCUGCGAAUCAGAUGGCACUCUGGCAACCCCUUUCUUUGUCACUGCAGACAAGCAUUUGGUUGUUUACUGGAACGGUUCUGACGGUGAGAGUCAGAUAAACGACUACCAGGUCGGCCUGAGUUCUACUGAAUCUGGUGCCUCCAGUCCAGACAUCAUGCCUCUCACCUCAACUCAUGGGCACACCGUCUUCAAGACUAGACAUUCUGGUCUAGGUGAGGGACAAGAAUUCUAUUUGGGCAUAACAGCAACAAACAAGGCAGGCUUGUCCACAACAAUGACCAUAGGCCCAAUUGUUGUUGAUGCAAGACCCCCGACUUUCUCUGGACAAGUGACAGUGUCUGUGGAGGAUGGUUACAUGGUGGGAAGAUGGCCAGUCAAUGGGUUUUCAGAUGAUGAGGACACGUCUGGGAUCACAUAUGAAUAUGCCAUUGGGCAUGAGGCUGGAAAAGAAAAUGUCGCUGGUUACACAGCCAUAAGUAGUGAGGGACCAUGUGGGGGUGCUUCUGGCUGUACAGCUGUUCACAGGGACAACCUACAGUGGGGACUGCACGGUACACACACAUACUACAUGUCCAUCAAGGCCACAGACACUGCCGGACUGACCACUGUGGCCACGUCCUCUCCGUACGUCCAUUACGAGGGUGAGCCGACUGCUGGUGUGGUAGAGGACAUCAACCCUGACCCACAGGCUCCUGUUUACGACUAUCUUCAGCCGGCUGACGCAGACUUCCAGACGACUACCACGACGCUGUCGGCCCGCUGGUCCGGCUUCCUACACGAACAUCAGGACAUCUCGUACCAGGUGGGGGCCGGGACGUCACCAGGUGCCACGGAUGUGGUCGGCUUUACUUCUGUGGGACAGAACACGGAGUGGAGCAGGGAUGGACUGAGCCUUACGUCCUUCCAGACCUAUUACAUCACCGUGAAGGCCAGUAACAGCAUCGGAGACACAACUGUCACCUCAGAUGGAUUAACGGUUCUACAAGAUGGAGACGCUCUUCAGGGGGCAGAGGUCAUCGACGGACUGGAAUGUUCUGGUCAACAUGAUGAGCUGCAUCAGAUACAGACCAUCCGCUCUGCCUGCUAUGACACAUCGCCAUCGAUCUACCAGACGUCAAAGACAGCAGUGGCUGCCCAUUGGUCCAUCCCACCUGCCAAUCUUGCCCAUGUGACCAAUGUCCAAUGGUCCAUCGUGCAGGAGGUAGAGGGGGAGGAGACUGUGGUACAGGACUAUGUGAACCUGGGCAUGGCGACACACGGGAUGGCUGUGAACCUGUAUCUCCUACCUGACAUCACCUAUAAGUCCAAGGUCUUGUUCUGUCACCAGGCUGGCUGUUUUGCUCCAGUCUACAGUUCAGGAUUCCUGGUGGCUCCUGACCCACCACUUCCCGGAACACUUCACGUCACCAGUCCGUACCCAGACUCGGGCACCAGGAGCGCUGACGUCAUCUUUGACAAGUUCAGUGACCUGUACUACCCUACUGAUGACGUCAUGAACUUCUAUGACUGGGCCGUCGCAGAUGACUCGGAGAAUGGAAAAUUACUGACUGACUGGGCAACAGUUGUGCCUACAUCUUCUGAUGAAACAACAAUUUCCUUCUCUGUUGAUGGACUGCCACGUGAUCUGACCAAGUGUCUGAGUCUGGUUGUGAGAGGACACGCCCACACGGGGCUGUCGGCAUCUGUGUCCACGGAGAUUGUACAAUGUGAACAAACUGACACCAACAGAGGACUGAACUACUCAACAGUCAUAGACACUCGCCCUAACAUCACACUGGAGCUGAAUACAGACUGGACCGAGUAUGACAUCGACUACACAAGCGAGACAACAAUGCUGUCUGCCGUGUGGCCGACGUUACGUCACCGGAAGUACGAGUGGGCUGUCCUGGAGGAUAAAUCAGGGUCCAGUCUAUCCGCCAUGGCCGGACACCACCUCAGCGUUCCCAACCCAUGUGACCACCAGGAUAUGAUAGUGUGCGGCCGAACCACCAGUGAAUAUGUGAAUGCAAAUGGUCUGAGCCUAGAACAUAACAAGCGGUACAUCGUGUGCAUCCAUGCUGCGGAGACGUCCAUAACGUACGAGAAGUGGGUGGAGACCCUUCCAGAGACGGCCGUCUGUAGCAGCGGGGUGACGGUAGACGUGACUCCGCCCAGCGCAGAUGCUGCCGACGUCUGGAUUGGCUCUAAUGACAAAUCUAAUUACCAGGUGUCAACGACUGAAAUGUUCAUUCAAUGGGAUGAGUUUGUGGAUGUAGAAGAACAUCAUGCGUCUAUGCAUCACUCUGGGAUUGAGCACUACGAGUAUGCAAUUGGUACGAUUGCCGGUGGGUCGGACAUCCAGAGCUGGACAGAUGUGGGUGUGACAGACCACGUCACUCUGCAUGGACUUAGGCUACAACAUGGCUGGUCAUACUACGCAACAGUCAAAGCUGUGGACUUUGUUGGACUUUCGACAACCAAAGGUUCCCAGAGAGUGACAGUUGACACCACGCCACCACAGAAAUCCGACACACACAUCAAUGUUGGAGGCAGUUUUCACCUCAGCUCAUCAUCUGUGUCAGCAAGCUGGGAGGGUGUGUUCUACGACACAGAGAGUGGAGUUUCGUUCUUUGAGUGGGCGGUCGGCUCCAGGGCUGGUCAUGCCGACAUCUACCCCUUCACUAGGGUGGAGGAGACGGAGGCUGAGACAGAUGAGAACAGUCCUCUUCAGCUUCAUGAAGGGCACGAAUACUAUGUCUCCAUCAAGGCUUAUAACGGAGCCGGCCUGAUGACCAUGGCGACUUCCUGGGCCGUGGUUGUUGAGACGUCCGCACCUGAGCCUGGGAACGUGUACGACGGACCCACUGGCGUCACCGUGAACGACAUAGACUAUCAAGAUUACGUCACCGCCAUCCAUGCCCACUGGGACGGUUUUUACGACCCCCAUUCUGCUAUUGUGAGCUACACGUGGAGCGUCGGGGUGUGUGCUGGGUGUAGCGACAUUCUUGCUCCACAAAACGUUGGGCUUCUUCAAGCUGCAAGUGUGGACGCCCUUCAGCUGACCCCAGGAGAGACGUACUACGUGACGGUGACGGCGUGUAACGCUGCCGACCUCUGCACCACGGUGUCGUCUGACGGAGUUAUCCCUGACGACUCCCCGCCUGUGGCUGGGAGAGUCCUGGAUGGCGCCCAGGGAGAGGAGGCCUCAUUCCAGGCAUCCACGAGCAGUCUAGCUGCCCACUGGUAUGGGUUCAACGACCCCCACUCUGGGCUGUCCCACUAUGAGUGGCGCGCUGGUACCACACCGGGUGGACAUGACAUCGUGGGAGUGACACAGCUCCACCUGACGAAUGUAGCUGUAAAGACAGGGCUCUCCCUCCCUGUCAACACCAUGAUCUACAUUACUGUGAUGGCCUACAACCAUGUGGGGAUGGCUGUGGAGACCACAUCUAAUGGAUUCCGGGUAGACACAUCUGCUCCGACAGUGACGACAGCCGUGCACUUUGACCACACCCAUGGUUCCCUUGUGAGCGGAACACAGACAUGGCGGUCUGCUGUGAAGAUAAGAUGGCGGUUUGACGACAGCGAGAGUCUGGUGGUGGAUCAGCACGUCUCGCUGUCCAACCAUCACGGGGCGGAGGUCGCCAACAUAAAGCUCAAUGGCACUGUGUAUGAGUACACAUUCACCGAGCUCGCACUGGAUGAUGGGAACAACUACGUUGCCAAGGUGAUCGGAUGUAACAACGCGAAGCUCUGCACAGAAACACAGACUGGAUCUCUCUUGGUGGACUCUUCCAAGCCAUUGACCGGUCACUUCGCUAUCAACACCACCCACGCUGCCAGGCUGACCAGGCACAGGGACAGCUGGAUGACGUACGACAACAGCGGAACUCCGACCUUGAAGCUAGCCUGGCUCGGCUUUAGUGACUACCACUCUGGGAUAGACAGACUCAUGGUGGCUGUCGGGAGUGGCUUCUACGGAAGGGACAAGACUCUGAAUGGUGCACCCCAGGUUCUGGCUCAUGGUAGUCAAGUUGGAGACCAGGAGAAUGACGAAGGUUACGUCUACACAGGAAGUGUUCAACUGUCAAGUUCUGUGUCUGACUACAGCACGCUGUACAUCUCUCUAUGGGCCAUCAAUGGGGUUGGGUUGGCGAGUACCGUGCUCCACUCAGCUUUCCAGGCGGUUCCUGCCUCUGGUUCCACCGGGAGUUUGAGGCUGGUGCGCCGCUGUGACGCUCACUCCUGCUACGGACACUGCAUCUGUGCACCCUUCAACCAGAACUGUGCACGGCCAAGUGGCAACACCUGCACACAACUGGACAGCUCUGACAAAAGCUACUCCAGAAUCGAAGUUUACGACAAAACGGACUACAGUCUCCUGACCAAUGGGGACACGUCUGACGCCUCCUACACCUACUCCACAUGCGCACUGGCGGCCACCUGGAGGGAGGCUACAAUAGGGUCUGCCGGGAGACCUUACAGAUAUGAGUGGAGCGCUGGAAUCAGUGGACAAACUGUUGGCUCAGGGCUGUUUGAUCUUGUCUACGACCGUGUCUGGUACGAUGUAGGUCUGGAGACCAGCGCUGUUCUCACCCUUCCUGUGGGAACUUCCCUGGAGCCUGGUGUUACCUAUGUGUUCUAUGUGAGGGCCUGGUACACAGACAACAUCUACAGAGAGUUUCAGUCCAACGGUGUCAGGGCUGACCAAACUCCACCAAAGAGGUCAGGUUCAAGAAAGAUCAAAGACCUGACUUCCACCUCAGAACAACAUGAUGUGGAGUACAUGGCCCAGACAGACAGCCUGAGUGCCAGCUGGGAGUAUGUUUUCCUUGAUGCCAUCAAUAGUGGGAACGACUAUCAUUUGGAGCACUUCGAGCUGGCCCUGGGUACCUACCCUGGAGGAGAAGACGUGAAGAGGUUUGCCGACAACGUUGUCUCAGGGACUGCCACGUCCCACACUUUCACGGGCCUGUCUCUGCAGUCAGGCAAGACGUACUACACCUCGGUACGGGCGUAUAACCAUGCCGGACUCCACGGCACCUUCCACACUGAUGGGGUCAUGGUGGACACUGUAGCACCCACAGCAGGAGUGGUCUUUGAUGGGCAAGGUCCUGGCGAUGAGACCUACACGUCCAGUACAACCAUUGUGUCCGCAUUUUGGCACGGGUUCAACGACCUGGACUCGGGCAUAGACAAACACUUCUGGUGCGUCGGGGAGACCUCUGACCCGUCUGAGUGCAGCGUCAUGGACUGGACAGACACUGGGCUGGUGCAGGAGCGAACAGUCACACUUUCAAAGAGUCUGACCAGUGGGCAACGUUACUUCAACAAAGUGAAGGGUCAGGACGCUGCAGGUCACCAGUCACCAGUCGCAGUGUCUGAUGGGUUCCUUGUGGACACCUCCCCUCCCAUACCAGAGGCCAACCUACAGAUAGGGGACAACCUGCUCAUCAAUCCUUCAUUUGAGGACACUGUAGCCGGUGGAGCAGGUUGGGUACUGGAAGGCGACUCCGUGGUCCAGCAGAUCUCCUCCUUACCUACUGAUGACUUCCAGACGAAGCACGGACGUUCUCAUCUCCUUCUUCAUGGCAGCAUGUCUCAGACUUUCACCACUGUGGCAGGCCAAGAAUACCGCAUCAGCUUUUUUGCCAACCAAGACCUGACAACGGACGUCCCCCGCCUGACCCAGGAGGGUUUGCUGACAGCGCCGGGUCUUCAUCAGGUCUUCAAACUGCGGAACAGACAGGUGUCAACUGUCGACACCACCUCUACAGAGCAGUGGGACACCUGGCAAAAACAGAUCUUCUACUUCACUGCUGUUGGCACCGGCUCAACUGUCACCGUCCAGUCUGUGGGUACGAAGGCUGGGAUUUCGCUGGAUAACUUUAUGGUGGAACCAGUGACCUAUGCCACCACCCAGUUCAACUCCACAGCCGUCUAUUAUGGUUUCAUCGACCUGACUGCCCAGACCCUGUCAGACUGGGGGUCGGUGUCGGCCAAGUGGAGCAUGGUGGAUCCAGAGUCUCCUAUUGUGGACUACUCCUGGGCAAUUGGAACAGCCAGAGGUGGAACACAGCUACAGCCCUUCAGAGCUAUUGGAGUCCAGGAAAGCGCACAGAACAGCGGGCUUUUCCUGCAUCACGGUUCCUACGUACAUGUGACUGUCAUGGCAACCAAUGCAGCAGGGCUGUCUGCAGUGCUAUAUUCAGAGCCUGCUCUGGUUGACCUGACUCCACCGGUGAUGGGGACGGUACUGGAUGGAAACACCGAUGACGUGGACGUGGAAUACCAGAACAGUGACAUCAUCUGUGCCAGCUGGUCUGACGUUAACGAUGGAGAGAGUGGCAUCAACUACUGUGAAUGGGCACUAGGUACAACUCCACACCUGGCCAACCUGAUGAGGUUCACCACAAGCUACAUCGUGGAUGGAGUGGGAGCCUGUAUUGACUCAUCUGGGUUCAUCGCUCAUGGAACAAAGAUUUAUGUCAUUGUGCGCUGUCAUAACCACGCGGGACAGUCUGCCACAGCCAGCUCAGACGGAGUGGUCCUGACCUCUGUGCCCCCCAGUAUUGAGCACGCCUAUGUCACGGUUGUGAUCGAGCCCGUGACUCAGUACGCACCCAGGAACCACUACCAGUACUCCCCGGACAAGCUGCACAUCGCGUGGGGAGGAUUCGAGGACCCGUCCGGGAUCUAUUACUUCGAGUACAUGGUCGAGGGUCCAGACUUCACCUUAGCUUGGCAGGAGAUGCCCUGGACAGGAGAGCACACGGCGACCCUGACUGACCUGCAGCUCAUUCCCGGGGACACCUACAUCGUCAGUGUCCGGUCUGUGAACUUCCUGGGGAUGCAGAGUGACUCUGUCUCCACGGAGGUCAACAUCGCACAUCACGGGAGGCCUUUGGUCAAUGGUGGACUCAAGUUGUCUUGGGUGAACUCAGACACACUGAUGAUCAACUGGGCUGGUGUGUUCAAUGCCGACUACUUCGAGGUGUCGGUGGGACUGGUGGAAGGUGGCAGUAAGGCUGGACUCUGGUAUGAGACCAAAUAUACCAACAUGACUGUUUCCAGUCUGGAUCAGACAAAGGAGUACCACGUGGCUGUCAACGCCAUCAACAGUGCUGGGAUGUACAGCACUGUCACUGGGAUGAUGACUUCCUAAGUGAAGAAGACACAACUUUUGUUAAGACCUUGCUUAAGAUAUUUUUGAUAUGAAGGCUUUUAACUACAGUCAAAACUGCCCAAGAAGACCACUUAGGGGACUACUAAAAAAUCCUUGUGGAAAAUCAUAGCUUGUCUGCCUGUACAGUACCAGAAUCUUGUAAUUUAAUAAAUUUACAAUUUUGGAGGAUCGAAACACUGUAUACGGCCUUUAUCAACAAGGUUGAGUUCAAGAUACAUGUGCCAGUAGGAAAAAACUAUCAAAGGGACCGCGAAAUAGUGGCCACAUUGACCAGGUGGUCCUUAUGUACAUGUAGUUGAGGUCAGUUCUCCAGGUUUGACUGUAUAUUAAUGGACAGGUGGUUCUUAUGAAGAGGUUGUCACUAGCACAGGCCUGACUGUAAGCAAUGACAAAGUGGUCCUUAUGUAGAGGUGGUCACUUGUACAGGUUUGACUGUAUACAAAGUGUGGUUUUAUUGUUUUGCUUCUAAUGGUGUGAAUCAGAUUCAAAACUGUGGAUUUUUCAUACAUUGUGAUGCCAACUCUGUUUGAAUUGCCUCUAAACCCAGUGCAUUUAGAACGUUGCCCGUUAUACAUCCUCUACUCAACAAUAUGCCAGUACGCUUUAACCACCAGUCUACUAAGGUAGCCCUUUGGCACUACAUAAAGUUUGUAUUUGGUUACCAGGUUAGGCUGUAGUAGGCUGUAGGGACAACGUUAAAUAUCGAAGAGGUUGCCUUGCUUUUCUUCAAAUUACUUCAACAAUAAAAAAACAUGUGUGGCAUUUCAAACAGCGUGUGGGUAACGUUAUAUGAUUUGAUCAAUUUUCUGAUCAUAUCUUGUAGUGCUGUGUUAGAAAGAUAAUGGAAUCAUUUGUGGCCUGCAAACUAUUCUUGAAGAAUUUUUUUUUAAAGCUGAGAUGGAGUUAAACUAUCUCAAAAGACACUGAAAGCAUCCAUGGUAGGGGUGAGAACAAGUUUCCUAUCAAUACAGGUAUGUGUUGUAUCUUUUACAACGGUGUCCAUCUCAUUGAGUGAUUCUCACUAAGUUCCAUCUAGAUCUAGGAGAUUGCUAUUUGUCAUCCCUGAACAAAUGUGAUAAAUGAACAUCUUGAUCACAACUGUAACUAUUUGAGUAUUGUUGAAGAAACAAAUAAAUCAAGUGUGUGAGUGCA